GACGCCAUCCUCACUAUAAUCUCUCGGCGGAAGGGAAGUAUGGCUGCAAGGUUACUGCUCAGGACGGCCGUCCGCGCCGCCGUCACCCACCGGGCUGCCCCGGUCCCCGCUCUCACCCGCGGCAUGUCGGCUGGAGGUAUUCCCACCGACGAGGAGCAAGCCACCGGUAUGGAGAAGAUCGUCAUGCGGGCCAUGAAAGAGGGCAGUGACCCCUACAACAUGAUGAAACCCAAGGAGUACGCCGGGUCCAAACAGGACCCGCACCUCGUCCCCUCCAUCACCAACAAGAGGAUCGUGGGCUGCAUCUGUGAGGAGGAUAACACGUCAGUGGUGUGGUUUUGGCUCCAUGAAGGCGAGCCCCAGCGAUGCCCCUCCUGUGGUGCCCAUUACAAGCUGGUGCCCCAUGAGCUGCCCCACUGAGCCCCUCGCGCACACACACACACACUCGGGGUCACACACACACUCCCCAUUCCUCUGACUCACUCUGUUACCUCAUUGACCUGUCUUUGCUUACAUUGUUACAACAUAAAACAUAAGGGUCACAAUCCUCAUGGUUUGGGACACAAUACUUAAGCAAUUCCAUUUUUUGCAGUUUACAUUUACUCUCAUGUACUGUAUACAUUACAUUUGGUCCAGUAAAUCUUGUCCAGUAAUACUCCUAUUAAUAAA